AUGCCUCCGCAUCACCUCAACUUAAAACUUGUAAUGUUGCUAAGAAAUCUUUCGAAGGCGCAAAGAUUUCGCGAACAUUGUGUAGAGGCAUCAUUGGUAACAGGCUCCAACAGAGGUCGUACAGUUCUAAUUCCCAGAAUUAAACUUAGCCCUAGUGAUGCAAAUAUUCCAUUUACACUAAACAGACUUCAGUUUCCACUUCGACUUGCAUAUUCAAUGACAAUUAAUAAGGCUCAAGGGCAAACCUUUGAAAAAGUUGGAAUACAUUUGCCCAACCGGUAUUUUCUCAUAGCCAAUUAUAUGUCGCCUUCUCAAGAGCACGAGCUUUGA